GUAAUUGGUGGGGUAAACAUACACGCGCUGCAUGAAGAUAGAACACGAAGCGGACGACUGUAAGCUGCUCCAGUAUAAGCGACAACUUUAUUUAGAUAGUGGACUGGGAGCCAGCACCAUUACGGCAAGGUGGACACAAAUGGGUCCAGGACCAACGGCCGGUUCGUUGGUCCCGGACGACACCAACGGUUCCGGCGUGGACGGUGGCAAGCAUUUGGACGUCGGCGACAUGAGCGAUGACGACGAACAGGAUCUGUCGUCGGCGGAUGCCGAGGGCGUUUGGAGUCCGGACAUCGAACAGAGCUUCCAGGAGGCACUAGCCAUCUAUCCACCGUGCGGUCGUCGAAAAAUCAUUCUCUCCGAGGAAGGCAAAAUGUAUGGUCGCAAUGAAUUGAUCGCUCGCUACAUCAAACUACGCACCGGCAAGACGAGAACUCGGAAGCAGGUCAGCUCGCACAUACAAGUAUUAGCCAGAAGGAAGUUGCGCGAGUUCCAGGCCAAGAUGAAAGUGCAAUUCUGGCAGCCAGGUUUGCAACCGAGUACUUCCCAGGACGUGAAACCGUUCGCCCAGCCCGGUUACCCCAUGAAGACCGCCACCGCCGUCUCGGAAGGAGCCCUGCAGCCCACACACCCAUGGGAGGGACGCGCCAUCGCAACACACAAGUUCCGGUUGGUCGAGUACAGUGCAUAUCUGGAGCUGCGCGCUGAAGAAACCUAUCACAAGCACCUGUUCGUGCACAUAGCGGACACACCGGCCAACCCACUGUUGGAAUCGGUGGAGGUAAAAGAAAUCUACGACAAGUUCCCGCAGAAGUCCGGUGGUUUGAAGGAGCUGUACGAGAAGGGUCCGAGCAAUGCGUUCUUCCUGGUGAAGUUCUGGGCGGACCUUAAUACAAACAUCGCCAAUGAUGCGGGUGCAUUCUACGGCGUUAGUAGUCACUACGAAAGCAACGACAAUAUGGUGAUUACCUGCUCUACAAAGGUGUGUUCGUUCGGGAAGCAGGUGGUGGAGAAGGUUGAAACAGAAUACUCCCGGAUCGAGAACGGUCGCUACGUUUACCGGAUCAGUCGAUCGCCGAUGUGCGACUACAUGAUCAACUUCAUCAACAAGCUGAAACACCUACCGGAGAAAUACAUGAUGAACAGUGUACUGGAAAACUUCACCAUCCUACAGGUUAUAUCCAACAAAGACACAGACGAAACGCUAUUGUGUGUGGCGUUCGUGUUUGAGGUGUCGACGUCCGAGCACGGUGCGCAGCACCAUAUCUACCGUCUCGUGAAGGAAUAGCAAGAAAUCAACAAUCACCGUGCGCACCAUAGACUAGAUAACACUAGCGACAGCAUUAUCCUAAGCAAUCCGAACAUUCUGGCCAGCGGCGACUACACCAGCAACACGACCCACACCACCAACAACAACAAUGGUAGUACGCACA